UGCAACCACUCUGGCUGCGAUCGUCAGUUCGCCCGUCUCUUCAACCUGCACACCCACGAGAAGACCCACAACCCUGAGCAGGCCCGCCCCUUCCUCUGCCCUGAGGCCGAUUGUGGCAAGGCUUUCUCGCGCAAGCACGACCUGCAACGCCACGAGGCCUCAGUCCACAAGGGUGAGCGCAACUUUGCCUGCACCAACUGCAAGAAGCCCUUCUCUCGCCAAGAUGGACUCCGUCGCCAC